GGUUCCCUAGUACCCUGGUCCCCGGUGCCCUGUCCCCUCAGUCCCCCGAAGGCAUGGCGCAUGCAGAGGGGUCCCAGCGGCGGCUUCUGGCCCUCUACGCCGGGGGCACUAUUGGCAUGCGCAGCGAGGGCGGCGUUCUGGUCCCUGGGAAGGGCUUAGAGGCGGCCCUGAGGUCCCUGCCCACGUUCCAUGAUGCACAGCAGGCCCAGGCUCUGGGGCUCCCCGAGGACACCCUGCUGCUGCCGCCCACUAACACUGACAAGUGGAUCACGUACACGGUGCUGGAGUGGCAGAAGCUCUUCGACUCCAGUGACAUGACCAUCUCUGAGUGGGUUCAGAUCGCCCAGACCAUCGAGAAACACUACGAGGAGUAUGACGGCUUCGUGGUCAUCCAUGGCACGGACACCAUGGCCUUCGCCACCUCCAUGUUGUCCUUCAUGCUGGAAAACCUGCAAAAAUCCGUCAUCCUAACCGGGGCCCAGGUGCCUAUCCAUACCCUCUGGAAUGACGGCCGUGAAAAUCUGUUGGGUGCCCUGCUCCUGGCAGGCCAAUACGUGAUCCCUGAGGUCUGCUUGUUCUUCCAGAAUAAGCUGUUUCGGGGCAACCGGGUGACUAAGGUGGAUACCCGAAGAUUCGAAGGUUUCUGCUCCCCCAACCUGCCCAUCCUGGCUGAGCUGGGCUCUGAAGUCAUGAUCAGCUGGGAGCUGGUGCGGAAGGUGCGCGGGAAGGCCCCGCUGGUGGUGCACAGCAACAUGGAGCGCAAUGUGGCCCUUCUGCGGCUGUACCCUGGCAUCCCCACCUCUCUGGUGCGGGCCUUCUUGCAGCCCCCCGUGAAGGGUGUGGUCAUGGAGACCUUUGGCUCGGGGAACGGGCCCACCAGGGCAGACCUGCUGGAGGAGCUGCGGAUGGCUGCUGAACGAGGCCUGCUGCUGCUCAAUUGCUCCCAGUGCAUGCGGGGUGUUGUCUCCUCGGACUACGCGGGUGGAAUGGCUUUGGCAGGAGCCGGCAUGGUCUCUGGUAUGGACAUGACUGCAGAGGCUGCACUGGCCAAGCUGUCCUUCGUGCUGGGCCGGCCAGGGCUGAGCCUGGAUGCCCGCAAGGAGCUGCUGGCCAGAAACCUCCGUGGGGAGAUGACGCUGCCACUGCUCCGGCCCCUGCUGCUGGCCAGUUCUGGGGGCCUGAGUGUGGCCCAGCUGCUUAUCAGCCUCACCCAGGAGACGGAGGCUGUGCGGGAUGCCUUCAUGCCCAGCCUGGCCUGUGCUGCUGCUCAGUCUGGUGACCUGGAUGCCCUGCGGAUGCUUGCCAAGAUGGGUGGUGGCCUGAGCCUGCAGGACUUCAGUGGGCAGACUCCCCUGCACGUGGCAGCACGGGCUGGUCACUCUGCAGUGGUCAGCGAGCUGCUGCAGGGUGGGGUGGCCGUCAGCACCCAGGACCGUGAGGGCCGCAGCCCGCUGCUGCUGGCUGUGCGGGGCAGGCACAAGGCUGUUGUUGGGCUGCUGCGCACUGCGGGGGCCCAGUUGUCCUCCCAGGAGCUGGAGGAUGUGGGGACAGAGCUGUGCAGACUGGCAUCCAGGGGGGACCAGGAAGGCCUGCGGCUGUGGUGGCAGGCAGGGGCUGACCUGGGGCAGCCAGGCUACGACGGGCGCAGCCCCCUGCUGAUCGCAGAAGCAGCAGGGAAGACAGAGGUGGCAGCUUUCCUGCGCAGCCUGCAGAAAGGGGCUGGUGCCCAGGCCACGCAGAUAGAUCCAUGAUGCUUCGUAGCCCCAGAGGGCCCAGUGCUACAAGCAGGGGAGCCUGGAUUCCUCUAUGGAGCGGCCCCCAUCCUGCCUCAGGAAGCCUCCUGGGGCUGACAGCUCUGCAGAUGCUGCUGGCCUAACUGUCCUGCCCUGCAUCCCCACGAGAGUCCCUGCUGGGCUGCUGCAGGGACCAGCUGAGCACUCUCUCAGCUCCCAGCGUGUCCCCUGGCUGUGUCCCCUCCCCUGCCAGCCUGCAAUAAAGUCUUCUGGGUCUGUAGGCCCAGGACCAAGGAA